GGGUCUGUUAACUCAUUGCUGAUUUCCCUGGCAAAUAAACCAGCAGCUGCUGGACCAAGCACUGACUUAGCACGGAGAAGAAGGUGAUAUUUGCAUAGGACAGGAUGCUUUCAUGGAGCCCUUUAGCAACACAUUUUGUGACUUACAGUGCAAUAUAUAUUUUCUGCUUUUAGGCAUUUGUUCUGCGCUAAGGCUGACGGUACCAUCACAUACUAUACAUGGCAUUGAAGGACAACCACUCCAUCUUACAGUUGACUACAAUUUCAACACUACAGCUUCUGAAAUCCAGAUAAUAUGGCUAUUUGAGAAACCUCAGAGUAUCCCCAAAUAUUUACUUGGCUCUGUGAAUCAGUCAGUAGUACCAGACCUGGAAUAUAAACACAAGUUUACCCUCAUACCACCUAAUGCAUCUUUGAUGAUCAAUCCAUUACAUGUCACUGAUGAAGGCAAUUACAUUGUAAAAGUCAAUGUCCAUGGAAAUGGGACAAUAUCAGCCAAUCAAAAGAUUCAAGUCACUGUUGAUGUUCCUGUCACAAAGCCAGUUGUACAAAUCGAACCUUCUUCGGGAGUAGUGGAGUAUGUGGGGAACAUGACGUUAACCUGUACUGUUAGAAAAGGUACAAGGGUAGGUUACCAGUGGAUGAAAAAUGGGAAACCUAUGCAUGCCAGUUCUAGUUACACCUUUUCCUCAAACCAUGACACACUUUUAAUUGUCCCUGUCAUGAAAGAAGACAUUGGGAAUUACAGCUGUUUGGCAACCAAUCCUGUGAGCACAAUGGAAAGUGAGAUAAUUGCACCAACUAUAUUUUAUGGACCUUACGGACUUACAGUUAAUUCAGAUAAAGGGCUGAAAGUAGGGGAGGUGUUUACGGUUGACAUAGGAGAAGCUAUCCUAUUUGAUUGCUCGGCAGACUCAAAUCCACCAAAUACUUACUCCUGGAUCCGAAGGGCUGACAAUACUACAGACGUUAUCAAAUAUGGACCCCAUCUGGAAGUUGUAUCUGAAAAAGUGGCCCAGACAACAGUAGAUUAUAUGUGCUGUGCUUACAACAAUGUGACUGGAAAACGGGACGAAACUCAUUUCACAGUGAUCAUUACUUCUGUAGGACUGGAGAAGCUUGCCCAGAAAGGAAAAUCUUUGUCACCUCUAGCAGUAAUAACAGGAAUUUCAUUAUUUUUGAUCCUAUCUAUGUCCCUUCUAUUCUUAUGGAAAAGAUAUCAGCCACAUAAAGUUUUACAACGGAAGCUGCAGAGCAGGCCUGGAGCAGAUUACAGAAAGGCACAGACAUUCUCAGGGCAUGAAAAUGCUAUGGAUGACUUUGGAAUAUAUGAAUUUAUUGCUUUUCCAGACCCCACUGGUGUUGCUACGGUUCCAAGUCCAUCUGUUUCUGGCUCUGACUUUGUCCAAGGGCAGGAUUUACACAGUACAGUUUAUGAAGUUAUUCAGCAUAUUCCAGAGCAACAGGAAGAUCAUCAAGAAGGUACAUGAAGAUGAAAGCACAGCAAAUCAAGACAUCCUAAUACAAAUGUUAACUUCUGUGUCUUUACUGGAAAUGGAAAGCAAAUGUCAACAGCUCUCAAAAUGGCAAAGGACUAAGCUAGCAUUUCUGAAAUGAUAAUACUUCCUUAACCUAGCCAUUCUUUUUUUUCUGUAUUGCUCCGAACAUACUGGAUUUGGUUAUUGAUUUUGUUUAACUAAUGGUUUCUUGAAACAGCUGGGAUUUUUUAAUUGCUGAAAAUUUUUUGCAUUCUGAACUGCAAAAAGAAAACAGAGCCAAAAGAAAAUAUAGAUAAUAAAUACUAUAUCGUUAAGUCUGGGAUAGCUGCCUAGGAGUCAGACCAGAGGACUUUCCUUGCGAGUUAUAUUAUAACACGGAAAGGAAAUUGUCUUUAACUUUCCAUUGAUGUGGACUUUUAAAAGAGAAGCUGUUGCACAUUGGCAAUAAACAAUACAAUGUGUCAGACUGAAAAAUAAAUCCUAUUUUUCUUAAAAAGGGCAAUAUCUAAAUUUUUCUUGUAACUUUAAUCUGUAACUUACCAAUUUAUAAAAACUAAUUUGUCAUCGUUAAAAAUGUAUAUAUGUAUGUUAUCCAGAAUGUUUUGUUUUUAUUAAUUUGUGUUUCCUUUGCAUGUAAGCUGUCUUCCCAUUUUUAUCCUCUUAAGGCCCAGAUCCACAAAAGGUUCUUAGGCUUUGUGAUCCAGGAAAGUUGCAACACCUAACGUUUAGGUGCCUAUACAAUCACGGGAACAACACUGCAAUCCACGAAGCCUGAGUUAAGUACCUAGGCUCGUUAUACAGUGAAUGGAGAGAACUAAGCACCUUGAAGUGUGAUCCACACAAGUCAGGAUACUAGGCAGCUCUCUGCUUAAACUAGCCAAUGGGAGAUGGUGAUGAGGUAUGUGUGCUAAGCCCCACCCCUCUCAAAGAGAUAGGAAUGUAAGUCUGGGCUGCAGGGAGGCACCUGUCUCUGCUAGUGGUCCACAAACUAGGGGGAAAUAGGCACACGCAGGGCCUGAUCCAGUAGACAUGCUCAGAGGCUGUCUAACUCCACAGCUGGGGGUGGGGAGCAAGGAAGAGGAGGACAUCCCUUAUAACCCUUAGCCCAGUGAUUAGAACACUCACCUAAAAUGUGAGAGACUCCUGCUUCAAGUUCCCACCUUCCUGAUGAGGAGAAGGAAUUUGAAUAGGUGCCAUCCAUCUCUUAGGAGACUGCUCUACCCACUAAGCUAUGGGAUGUUCUGAUGUCGGUACUCCUCAAUCUCUCCUAUUGAAGCUGUUCCACUUUAAUUAAGUAAUUGAAUAAUUAAAUAUUAAUUGGCCCCCAAAACAGUUAGAAUGUCUCUAUAGCCCAGUGGUGAGGGCACUCACACGGGAGGUGGCAGAUCCCUGUUCAAAUCCCUUCUCCUCAUCAGGUCUGGGGGAUUUGAACUGGGGGUCUUCUGUACUCUGGGUGAGUACCCUAACCAUUGGGAUAAAGGUUCUAAGAGGGAUGGUUGCUACUGCAUUAAGUUAGGCAGCCUCUGAGCACUCCUACUGGAUUGGGCCCUGCACACAACUUAGCAGCCUUUCCCCUGGCUCGUGGAUCACACUGGGGCUUAGACAGGUGCCCAGGCACCCAGAGUGAGGAAGCAGUGUGCAUGCUCAGGAACUGAAACAUAAGCACCUAGGGAAAUUUUAUUGCAAAAACUUGGGCACUGAGAGAGUUUGGGAGCUGAUUGGGUUAUGUGGCAGCCAAGCAGGAGUUUUGUGGAUCACAGUGGCACCCAAAAAUGGGAGUUGGGUGCCUCACUUUUGUGGAUCCCACCCUGAAAGCCUGUUUUCCAUUUGUUAGAAUAUCGCUUAAUCUAUGGGUAAUUAUUGUGAGCUGAAGGGGUGGCUAGACUAGAUCAACACUUAAACAUCAGGAGGCUCUAAUAGGACCAAGAACCAUCUUGGUAGAAUCCACAUAGGAAUGCGGAUAUUCUCUGUUGAGGCAUCCUGCUAUCAGCUGUUACCAUACUGCAUGGAAAUGCAAGUGUACCACUUAGUCACACAAACAGAUGGAUUCAGUUAGAACCAAGCAGGAUAUAAAAGGCAUUUGAGCCUAAGUAGAAAAUGAAACUAUGCUCUGGGAUAGAGUCUCUGUAAGGAAAACAAACUAACCACCCAAGUAACAGCCUGUUAUGGGGAAAUGAUAAGGCGGAGGUUUAGGGUUGGUUGCUAUUAUUUCCAUUACGAGUAACUGGCGUAUACACAGUAUUUAUGUACUUUACUAAGAGCAGCAUGGGAAUAUUGCAGGCUUUCAAACCAAUUAAAAAGUCAUUUCCUAUAUGGAGCUUAUUAAACUCUCUCUCGGUUUCCUUCUCUAAAGGAGAACGAUCUCCCCUCCCUGUAAAUAUUUCCACCUACCACGGUGAGUUCAAAAGGGAAUCAGGGUGCCAUCUUCUGUACUAUAGGCAAUGAGAAUUUAGCAUUUCAUUGCUGCUGCUCCACAGCUUUGAAGGAAGUAGAGGGGUGAUCUCAAAGAUACUGUUGGUUCCACAGAUCACCCUUUUGUUCCUUCAGAUCCAGCCAAUUGGUGAAGAGGGGGGUCAGGUCAGGCUGAAAGUUCCCAUAUCUAUCCAGAACUCUUAAGAGUGCUGAAGUCACUGGGAGGAAUUGGGAAACUAAGUGGUCCAAUCCCCUAGAACUUUCUCCUUGUCAAAAAUAUAGAGCCACUUAUGCAGUCUUAAAAGUCAAGGACAUUUUGAAAUAGGGUGACCAGAUGUCCUGAUUUUAUAGGGACAGUCCCGAUAUUUGGGGCUUUGUCUUAUAUAGGUGCCUAUUACCCUCCACCCCACGUCCUGAUUUUUCACAGUUGCUCUCUGGUCACCCUAUUUCAAAAUGUGCAAAAUCUUUGAGUUGCCCCUCUGGAGCAGGUAGGAUAUUUGAAUUUCUCCUAAAACGUUCUGUUGUGGAGAGUUCUGAAGUGCUUAUCCACAAAGCAUCUAGCCACCCUUUAAUAUCGCUGAAGGGGCACCAGGACUUGUUUCUGCUCCCAGGACAAAAGGGGAGGUGUUAGUACAGUGACACAAACUGGUUUAUAACACCACUGCAGCACCCUGAUUUUAAAAUAGUGCUAUUUUGUCUUUUCACUCAAGUGACUGUUUGUAGCUUAAAUUCUAGCUGUUGCCUCUUAAUUGACUCUUCUCAAAUGCACAACAAGGGCAAAUUCCCAUUGGAGCAGAAAGCCCUAGGGCUGGGCAGUGGUAGUUUCUAUGGGGAGGGCCAGGGAAAAAGGUAGAUCCAUGUAGCAAUGAAUACUUGUGUUGCUGUUUCCCGCUGCUUAGCCCCACAGAAUCCUGCCCCACAUUGUGCAGCAGACCAGCACGGGUGCACUGCCAAGAAUCUCUCCAUGGCCACAAGCUCAGGGAUAUGAUUUAACCCGUAGAGCCAAACCCUGCUCUCAGUUACAGCAGUGUAAAUCUGCAACAACUUAACUGAAGCCAGUAAGUCAGAGGCAGAGCUGCAAAUAAGAACCCAGGUCUCCUGGCCCCCAACCCCCUAUCCUAGCCAUGCUGUCUCCCUUCAAUUAAAAGUCAUGGAUUAAUUUAAUAUCAUUGACCACCUUUGAAGUCAAUUUAAAGCACACGUUUGCCUAGUAUCCAAGCGUAAGGUACAACUGUUCCUAAAGUGUUUGCUUUCUUGAUUUUCUCUUUCCAUACAAGAUAACCUUGUGUAAACUUAUGCCAUCUAUUAAUGUCUUUAAGUGAAUAAGUCUAAAUUCGAUCUAUUUUAGGCCUUUGUAAUAUACCUGUAUACA